AUGACUCUAACUGGGAAAAAACAAACCCGUCAGCCACGAAAAGAUCCAUUCAUUACAGUCUCUGCCAGCCAAGCAAACAGGGAGAAGGGCGGUCUUUCCUCUCGCAGUGUUGCGUCACAGCUCUAUAUCCACGAAUUAAAACCCACUCCGCAACAAGAGAAGACAAUCUCCACUUUGUAUGAGGAAGGCCAUGGCUUCGAUAACAUGUACAGAUGCGUGGUUGACGUGGAACAGGUGGAAGCAGCGUCUUUGCUGGCGUCGCUCGGGCUGGACACGGCAAGGACACGGACACUCGUGAAUCACUCGCCAACCGCUGGCAUGUUAGGUGGACAAAUGGGAAUCGGAGGGAUGAUACACAUCGUCGAUUGCGGUUAUAAUCAUACUGCCGCGGGGACGAAGAUCCGUCAGAAUCCCGUACCGUUCACGGAAUGCCCUGCUCAUGUAGAACUCACCUAUGUCGUCAGCACACAACGUAUCCUUAGAAUCCGCGGACUCUCCAAGCACAACGCUGCGUGCAAAGCCGCCAAGUAUAGCCAGAUACCCCGUCGCCCUCUUCAUCCGUCCGUCUUCGCUGUGGCCCUCAAACAGCUUGCUGAAGGAGUCAAUCUAGACAACAUACAUGAGAAGAAUACUCAGAUGUUCAAAGCAGGUCUAUAUAAAGGACAACCGACGAACAUGGACGAGAGCAAGUCAGCAUACCGUUGGCUCCUGAAGCGCCAUGACACACAGUCACUCUAUUGGCAAUACAACCGCCUGCACGGUAUCAAUGUUACUGAAGCCGCCCAUGUCAACAUCGAUGAAUGGAUGGACAAGACAUCGCCUCGAUACAAUCCCAAGAUCGCGGAUGCGAUCUUCCACUAUUCUGCGCGUGCAGAGCGGGGCGAUUGA